UCACAUAGAAAAUUUCUUGGUCCAAAUGGAAUUAUGAAAAAAAGUAUAACAAGAUCUGAGAAUGAAGAAUGGAAAAGAUUACGAGCAUUGCUAACACCAACCUUUAGUAGUGGAAAACUGAAGGAGAUGUUCCCCAUCAUCCAAGAGUAUGGAGAUGUGCUGGUGAAAAACGUGAGUCAGGAAGUCAAGAAGGGCAAGAGUGUUACCAUGAAAGACAUCUUUGGGGCCUACAGCAUGGAUGUGAUCACUGCUAUCUUCUUUGGAGUGAAGGUGGAUUCCCUCAACAACCCCCAGGAUCCCUUUUUGGAAAACACCAGAAAGCUUAUUACACAUGACUUUUUCAAUCCAUUUGCUUUCUCUACAGCACUCUUUCCAUUUCUUUGCACAAUAUACGACAAACUAAACAUCUCUAUGUUUUCAAGUGAAGCUAUAUCAUUCUUUAAAAGAUUUAUAGAUAAGACCAAAAAAGAUCGACUUGAAAAUACCCAAGAGCACCGAACAGAUUUUCUUCAGCUGAUGAUGAACUCCCAGAAUUCCAAAGACAUGGAGUCCCAUAAACCUCUUUCUGAUCUGGAGAUCCUGGCCCAAUCAAUCACUUUUUUUUUUGCUGGCUAUGAGACAACAAGUGCUGCUCUUUCCUUUAUUACAUAUUUACUAGCAAUUCACCCCAAUGUUCAGAAAAAACUGCAGCAAGAGAUUGAUGCAGUCCUGUGCAAUAAGGCACCUGCCACUUAUGAAGCCCUGGUAGAGAUGGAAUAUCUGGACAUGGUGGUGAAUGAAGCUAUGAGAUUCUAUCCAGUUGCUAACAGGGUUAGCAGAAUCAGUAAAAAAGAUGCUGAAAUCAAUGGUGUGUUCAUUCCCAAAGGGAUAGUCGUGUCCAUACCUGUCUUUGUUCUUCACCGAGAUCCAAAAUACUGGCCAGAUCCUGAGGAGUUCCGUCCUGAAAGGUUCAGCAAGGAGAAUAAAAAUAGAAUCAAUCCUUACACAUACCUGCCUUUUGGAUAUGGCCCUAGAAAUUGCAUUGGCAUGAGGUUUGCUCUCAUCACCAUGAAGCUUGCAGUAGUCAAAAUCCUGCAGAACUUUUCCCUGUAUCCUUGUGAGGAAACAGAGAUUCCCCUGAAAUUAGGUAAGAAAAUUAUUCGUACUCCAGAAAACCCUAUUUUCCUGAAGAUUAUUUCAAGAAAUGGAGCCAUAAAAGAAGGUUGA